AUGCGCAUUAGACACUCCGCUCUAGAGGCAGACAUGGCGACGUCCCUGAUCUGCGGCCGUCUGACGGCUAGCCUGAGAAAUUCAGGGGCCAGAAACACCAUCAGCUCCGCUUCCAAGGUUCUGGCCGGUUCUUCAGGUCUGUUCGGAGGUCACGUGUCCGGUCUGCAGCAGCAGCAGCAGAGGAACCUCUCUCUACACGAGUACAUGAGCAUCGGGCUGCUGAAAGAGGCCGGCAUCUCUGUGCCCGCCGGCAUGGUGGCCAGCUCCUCGGAGGAGGCGUACUCUGUGGCCAAGCAGAUCGGUUCAAAGGACCUGGUGGUGAAAGCUCAGGUUCUGGCUGGAGGCAGAGGAAAGGGGACGUUCGAGGGCGGCCUGAAGGGAGGAGUGAGGAUCGUCUACUCGCCAGAGGAGGCCCGCGACAUUUCAUCCCAGAUGAUUGGUCGGAAGCUGUACACCAAGCAGACCGGGGAGGCGGGUCGUAUCUGCAACCAGGUGUUCAUCUGCGAGCGCAGGUACCCACGCAGAGAGUACUACUUCGCCAUCACCAUGGAGAGGUCAUACCAGGGUCCCGUGUUGAUUGGCAGCUCGCAGGGCGGCGUGAAUAUCGAAGAUGUCGCCGCCGAAAAUCCGGACGCCAUUGUGAAGGAGCCCAUCGACAUUGUGGAGGGCAUUAAGAAGGAGCAGGCUGUCAAGGUCGCUCAGAAGAUGGGCUUCCCGGCGGCGCUGGUGGACGAGGCGGCGGAGAACAUGAUCAAACUGUACAACCUGUUCAUCAAGUACGACGCCUCCAUGGUGGAGAUCAACCCCAUGGUGGAGGACUCCUCUGGCAUCGUGAUGUGCAUGGACGCCAAGAUCAACUUUGACUCCAACGCAGAGUACCGCCAGAAGAUGGUGUUCGACAUGCAGGACUGGACCCAGGAGGACCCGCGGGACCGGCAGGCCGCCAAGGCCGACCUCAACUACAUCGGCCUGGACGGAACCAUCGGCUGUCUGGUAAACGGCGCCGGUUUGGCCAUGGCCACCAUGGACAUCAUCAAACUCCAUGGCGGCACGCCGGCCAACUUCCUGGAUGUGGGAGGAGGAGCCACGGCUCAUCAGGUGACCGAGGCCUUCAAGCUCAUCACCUCUGACAGGAAGGUUCAGGCGAUCCUGGUCAACAUCUUCGGCGGCAUCAUGAGGUGUGACGUCAUCGCUCAGGGCAUCAUCAUGGCCGUGAGAGACCUGGACCUCAAGAUCCCCAUCGUAGUGCGGUUACAAGGGACGAGAGUGGACGACGCCAAAGCUCUGAUCGCAGCCAGUCCGCUGAAAAUCCUGGCCUGUGACGACCUGGACGAGGCCGCCAAAAUGGUUGUAAAGCUUUCUGAAAUCGUCUCGCUGGCGAAGGAAGCUCAAGUGGACAUCACCUUCCAGCUGCCCAUCUAAAAAUAAAAGAAUAAGAGACCUCGACCCUUGACCUCCGUGACCUCCUCACCCCCAAACACUUCCACGGAUGCCGACCACUCCACCCCCCACCCCCCCCCCCCGACCUCAAGA